AUGCGUCAACAAAAUUUUUUCGAAAAAGUUCAAUAUGUUUCAAAUAAAGUACAUCCAGAGUUGUUUGGGUGUCUUGAAGGGUUCCGUAAUCAUUUAGCUUUGGUUGACACAGAAAAAAGUAAACUUCUGCUCAAGAAAGCUCUUAUUUUUUUACGUGCAUUACAGCAAGACAACAAGACAAUUUUAUUUAUUAAUAAUAAUCCAAAGCUAUCUUUUUUAACAAAACAAACUGCAGUCAGUCUAGAUCAACCUUAUUCAAACGAAUACUGGAUCCCAGGGUUACUCACAAAUUGGACAGGAUCACAAUCUAUGAUUCACUCGUUUAAAUAUUCUGAACAGUAUUUUGGGUCUUUUUUAGACAAAAAAAAGGUAGUUUUUCCGAAAUAUGUGAAACAAAAAAAAAAACUUGAGGGAUUAACAGCAUUUAAGCACAGACCCUCUGCUUUAGUUUUAUUACAAACAACAGGAAACGCAUCUAUUAUUCGAGAAGCACAAUUAUUAAAUAUUCCUAUUGUGGCAUUCACAAACUGUACAAAAACCGUUUCUAAUGUAGAGUAUCCAAUUCCCUUCGAUACAGAUGCAGUCGCCAUUGUAUAUUUUUUCUGUAGCAUUCUUUGUAAAAAAUAA